GCCACAUUGUUAACGCCUUCAAUGUGAAUGUCAAGUUUUCGUUUGUUUACGUUUUGGAUCGUUUUUCAUCAUGACUUCUGUAAAGCGGUAUCGAAGAUCCUCCAAGUCCUCCGAGGAUGAAGAGCCAGAUAACGACGACUAUGUGCCUUACGUGCCGGUCAAGGAGAGAAAGAAGCAACACAUGAUGAAGCUCGGCCGGGUUGUGCAGCUUGCCUCCGAAACGACGCAACCCAAGUCAUCGAGCGAGAAUGAAAACGACGACGAUUCCCAGGGAGCUCACGAUGCCGAGACAUGGGGCCGGAAAUAUAAAAUAAGCUUGUUGGAUCAGCACACGGAGCUGAAGAAAAUCGCCGAGGCGAAGAAGCUUAGCGCCGUGGAGAAGCAGCUUCGCGAGGAGGAGAAAAUCAUGGAAAGCAUUGCCCAGCAGAAAGCCCUGAUGGGCGUGGCCGAGUUGGCCAAAGGCAUACAAUACGAGGAGCCCAUAAAAACAUCCUGGCGACCUCCUCGAUACAUAGAGGCCAUGUCUGAGCAGGAGCGACAAGAUAUCCGAAAGCAGAUGCGAAUCCUGGUGGAGGGAGAGAACCCCAGUCCACCUAUUUGCAGUUUCCGAGAGAUGAAGUUCCCCAAAGGAAUUCUUAACGGCCUUGCGGCUAAGGGCAUCAAAACGCCCACACCGAUCCAGGUCCAAGGACUUCCCACUGUGCUCGCUGGGCGUGAUCUCAUUGGCAUUGCUUUCACGGGUUCGGGAAAAACUUUGGUAUUUGUGCUACCUAUUGUCAUGUUCGCCCUGGAGCAGGAGUACAGCUUGCCCUUCGAACGCAAUGAAGGUCCCUACGGCUUGAUCAUAUGCCCGUCGCGGGAGCUGGCGAAGCAGACACACGAAAUCAUCCAACACUACAGCAAGCAUCUGCAGGCGUGCGGCAUGCCCGAGGUGCGUUCCUGCUUGGCCAUGGGUGGGUUGCCAGUCAGCGAGGCCUUGGACGUCAUCUCCCGUGGAGUACACAUUGUAGUGGCCACCCCUGGCCGCUUGAUGGAUAUGCUCGACAAGAAAAUCCUCACACUAGAUAUGUGCCGCUACUUGUGCAUGGACGAGGCGGAUCGGAUGAUUGACAUGGGCUUCGAGGAGGAUGUGCGCACCAUAUUCUCAUUUUUCAAAGGGCAGCGACAGACCUUGCUCUUCUCCGCCACGAUGCCCAAGAAAAUUCAGAACUUUGCUCGAUCUGCACUCGUGAAGCCAGUUACAAUAAAUGUGGGCCGCGCUGGAGCCGCGUCCAUGAACGUCACCCAGCAGGUGGAGUACGUUAAGCAAGAGGCAAAGGUGGUCUACCUACUGGACUGUUUACAAAAGACUGCACCACCCGUACUCAUCUUUGCGGAAAAGAAACAGGAUGUGGACUGCAUACACGAGUAUUUGCUGCUGAAAGGUGUGGAAGCAGUGGCUAUUCAUGGCGGUAAGGAUCAAGAGGAGCGAUCACGCGCCGUCGACGCAUACCGCGUGGGCAAGAAAGACGUGUUGGUAGCCACCGAUGUGGCAUCCAAGGGUCUGGACUUUCCGAACGUACAGCAUGUUAUCAACUACGACAUGCCCGACGACAUUGAAAACUAUGUCCAUCGUAUUGGACGUACAGGUCGAUCCAACACAAAGGGAUUGGCUACCACCUUGAUAAACAAAAUCACCGAGCAGUCCGUCCUGUUGGAUUUGAAACACCUGCUGAUCGAGGCCAAGCAAGAGGUUCCCGAGUUCCUGGACGAGUUGGCCCCAGAAGCCGAGCACACUUUGGAUCUUGGAGACUCGCAUGGAUGCAGCUACUGCGGCGGUCUGGGUCAUCGGAUCACAGAGUGUCCCAAACUGGAGGCCGUCCAGAACAAGCAAGCUUCAAAUAUUGGACGUCGCGACUAUCUGUCUAAUACUGCAGCGGAUUACUAGAUCGUCUACACCUGUAAUUCUAAGGCUACUGUAACUUAUGGAAUAAAUAGACUUGGGGAAUA